UAAUACGUAUAUAUAUAAUAUUUCAGUUUUAUUUAUUAAAUGAACAUCUAAUUUUAUAUUAAUAAUGCCUCCAAAAUUAGAUCAAACAACUAAAAAGGCAACUAGACUAUCAUUGUCUCAGCCGGGUCCAAAGAAGCCAUUCAAUAAGGAACCUUCCAGGCGUCAAGUUAAGAUAGCUAAACCCGCGGAUGACAUUAAUGCAGUUACAUCCAUCGAACCUCUUAAGCCGGAAGAUCAAUUAAAACUAACUGAAGAAGAGUUGGAUGAGCCAAUAAGCAACAUUUUACAAGUUGUAGAAUCACCAGAACAGACUGCUCGUGUAGUUUAUAGUUAUAAAGAUGGAUCUUUUGUGACUUAUACAAAUAAUGAUUCAUUCAUUACAUUAAUUGAACUAACAUCUACAUUAAUUUAUCGAGAAUCAAAAAAUACUAAUAUACAAAAUGAGUUAACAUACGUAGAUGAUCUUACAGAAGACAACGACAAGAAAAUUGUUGUUGAACAGGUAAGAGAAGAAAACGAUGAUGAUAAUCCUGAUCAUACAGAUUAUAUAGAUGAGAAUGUUGAUACACGGAUGCAAGAAGAAGUGGAUGAAGGAGAUAGUGAAGGUGAAGGAGACUUUCCUAAUGAAGAAACAGAUGGUAGAGAAGAAAUGGAUGAAGAAAAAAUUUCAAAGCCUAAAGCUGCUUCAGACUCAGAUGACGAAACACCAGUAGUCGCAAAAGAUAAACCUAUGAGUAAUAUUAUUUUGUCAGCUAAACAAAGAAAUGCACCAAAGAAGCUUAUGAAUCAAUUUAAUUUCUUUGAGAGAUGUGCACUUACAGAAGAAAUAAUUUUAAGAGAUAAAGAAAUUCAAACUACACCCCCAACAAAAAAUGAUUUCUGUACUUAUGCUACACAGUGGAUUAUUUAUGAUGCGUAUAAUGAAGAUUAUUUAAAGCAACAAGAAGAAAAAGAAAAAGAUAAAAGAGAUAAAAUAGCUAUACAUGCAAAUAAGAAAAUUACUAUUAAAAAAAAAAAUAAUGACGUAACUGAAGAUCAAACUGAAAAAAUGAUGUUGAUGACAGCAACAUUUUUAGAAAGAAUGAUCAACUUAAAUACCAUGGAUGCUAUUGCUCAAGAUUUUCGAUAUUAUGAAGACCCAUCUGAUCAAUUUAGAGAUAGAGAAGGAACUCUACUUCCACUAUGGACAAUGACAUAUGAAAGAGCUGACAAUUUGUAUGUAACUGAUAUUAGUUGGAGUCCGGACUAUUUUGACAUGUUUGCUGUCACUCUAGGAACUCCUCUAGGGCAUUUGCCAUUAACUGAUAGUCCAGAUGUGGGUUACGUAUGCUUAUGGUCUUUAAAGAAUCCAUCAUAUCCCGAAUACAUAAACCAGACCCAUUGUGGAGCUAUGUGUUUAGAUUUCCAUCGAAAUCAUGGGUUUCUUCUGGCAGUUGGAUUCCACGAUGGUCAUUUGGCUGUAUAUAACGUUAGCUUGCCAACUAAAGAACCCCAAUAUAUGACAGACGCAGUCAAUACUAAGCAUAUGGGUUGUGUAAGACAGGUAAUUUGGGUAAAAGAUUUGCCUGAUGGUGAGUUAAAUUUUUAUUCUAUAUCUGAAGAUGGAACUGUUUGCAAUUGGUUGCUCAUGCAAAGUGAAAUAUCAAAAACUAUUAUAGUUACAUUAGUUUUAGAUAUAGAACCACAAAUAACUCUUGGUGGAGUUAGUGAAACAUUAAUAGGAAGAGGAACUACUAUUGCAUUCCAUCCAGAAAAUAAUGGGAUAUACCUGGUUGGAACUAAUGAGGGUUAUAUAUUUAAAUGUAAUACAGAAUGGAGCUCAUUUUUUAUGCAAAAGUUUAAAGCUCAUGAAUUGUCCAUUUAUAGAAUUGAUUAUAAUAAGUAUGAUCCAAACAUUUACCUAUCGUGCAGUGGUGAUUGCACAGUUAAAAUAUGGGAGGAUAAAUCUGAUAUACCUUUGUUAAUCUUUGAUAUACUGUGGAGUGUAUCAGAUGUCCUUUGGUCGCCGUUUUCUAGUACAGUAUUCAGCGUCAUUACCGAAGAUUGUGAUGUGGUAUUUUAUGACUUAAACGCAGAUAAGUAUAAAAAUAUUUGCCGCCAACCUAUACAAGCAGAGAGUCAAUAUCAACUUACCAAGUUAUCAUUUAAUUGGAGGAUGCCUGUUAUUGUUGUCGGUAGUUCUAAAAGUACAGUAAUUGCAUUAAAAAUGUCACCCAACCUCCGAUUGAUUAUGAAACCUCCAAAAAAGGGCAAACAUUAUACUACACAAAUGUUAGAAUUAGAAAAAUUACACAAAGCUUUGGACUCUACUCGAGAACCAGAUACUUUAGUUGUACCUGAUGAUGACACGACGGAUUCAUAAAUAAAAUCUUCUUUUUUUUUAUUAUAUUUAAUUUAGUAUGAUUUUUUAGUAAAU